AUGUGGCUCCAGCAACGACUGAAGGGGCUGCCAGGCUUGUUAUCAAGCAGCUGGGCGAGGAGACUUCUCAUCGGCUUGCUCAUCUUCCUUAUUUUUUACUGGUACCUUGGACCAGACCGCAGCUGGAGGAUCUUUAGCGGUUCGUCCAUGCCAGGCGGGGUGGCUGGACUUUGCCUCCAAGCGGAAAUCCACAGAUGGCAGUCGAUUAUGGACCGAGGGGAGGGUUUAUACAGCACAUCUCUGGAACAGCGAGACACACCCUUUGUGUCAGGUAAUGGCCAUAUUCUUAUUGACACUGAUUCUAACAAACUCUGGGUCGCAUCAUCUUCACAGCCUGGUUCGGCUCCGGUCCAUCAGACAGAAUAUUCGCCCAUUGUUGGCGUCCAUUUGGAGGGGAAGAAGACCGAAGCGCGGGCGUCCAUGAUGUGGUUCCGAAAAGGAUCUGUGCUGUCAGUUCGAUGCGCUUCACCUGUGGCCGUGCAGUCGUCCCGGGACUGCGUCAGCAUCAGAGAGGAGUUCAUCGCCCACAGGAGUCGACACAACGUCUACGUUCAGAGGAUUCACAUCAACAACCCGUCCGAUAAGUCUGCCAGCAUCGAGAUUUCGUACAACACUCUCAACAGCAAGUUCUCCACCAGUUUUGACAAAGUGGAGGACAAGGAGAUCCUGCUCUCAUCAGGCAGAGUCCCUUUAGAGAAGAACCUUAUGGUGCUGGUGGUGGUAGUCACCAAAAAACUCAACAACAGGAUCCAGGUUUUUCCAAAAAUGGAGUACACGGACAAUAUCCUGUCUGUUGUGAGGACUUCAGAGCCCAUCGAACCGUCCAAGCUGGAUGAGACGUUCGCCCGCCUCCGGGAAUCAGCCAAAAAAGAGCUCGGUGAGCUACUGAAAGCUAAUGUGGACGAUCUGGUCAUAGAUCAUCAGAAGGCCUGGAUAGAUCUUUUCAUUUCAGGCGUGGAGAUGAAAAAGAUCACAGACUCUAACACGCCGUCGAGUCGCACAGUGAACGCCACCCUCUACUAUAUCCUGUCCUCCUCGACGGCUCCCCUGCUGGAGCGGAGGCUUAGCAACGAGGAACGCGCCCGCCUGGAAUCUAGCCUCAACUACGCCGACCAUUGCUUCAGCGGCCACGCCACCAUGCACGCUGAGAACCUCUGGCCUGAGAGGGUGAGCAGCACUGCUCAGAUCCUGCAGCUGGUCACUCUUUGGACCCUGACCUUACAGAAGAGAGGCUGCAAAGCGCUGGUAGCGGCCGGCGCCCAUGGAGCCAUGCAGGGCAUGGUGCUGAGCUUCGGAGGACUUCAGUUCACCGAGAACCACCUGCAGUUCCAGGCCGACCCGGACGUGCUGCACAACAGUUACGCCCUUAGGGGGAUCCGCUACAACCGAGACCUCAUCAACUUAGCAGUACUGCCCGACGCGGAGGGAAAACCUUUCCUCCACGUCUUGGUCAAGCCCCAGGAGAAGCCCGUCAAGCUCUACGCGUGUGAGGCCGGUUGCCUCAAUGAGCCCGUGGAGCUGACAUCUGAGGAGAAAGGUCACACCUUCCCAGUCAUGGUGACCCAGCCCAUCACCCCGCUGCUUUACUUCUCCACUGACCUGCGCCACUUGCAGGACCUGCGCCACACAUUGCACCUCAAGGCCAUCCUGGACCAUCAGGAGCAUAUGGCCAACAGGUACCCGGGGCUGCCCUUCCUCUUUUGGUUCAGCGUGGCCUCGCUCAUUAUUCUCUUUCACCUUUUCCUCUUCAAACUCAUUUACAACGAGUACUGUGGCCCCAGUGCCAAGCCCCUCUUCAGGAGCAAGGUGUAA